AGCAAAAGCCCUAGGUGGUUCUUCUUCUUCCCCUUCACUCUGCUCAUAGAGUCAUAGCUCUCUCGCGAUCUCUCUCUCUCUCUCUCUCUCUCUCUCACACACCCAAAUCCCCGAAAUUUCACUGCGCGCAGCACCAGCAGCUCCCCCGCCCUUCAACCUCCACCACUCAGGAAACUUCAGCAAACUCAUAGUGGCUUGAGGGACCACAGCCAACUUGGUUAUGGAAGUGGUUGUGGGAGCUUCUGACUCCCCAAUCCUUUUUGAAUCACAAAACAAGAAACGGAGGAUUUCUCUGGAUAGUAUAGAUUCUUCUUUGUCAUGCGAGGUUUUGAGUGAGAUCAAUGCUUCAUUGCCCACUUUGCAGUCUUCUGAUUAUUUUAUAGAACCUUGUUUAAGUGAGUUGGCCACUAGGGAGCUCAUUCAUCCAGGAUAUUGCAGUCGGGUUAAAGAUCUAAAAGUUGGAAGGCUUGGAUAUGGAUAUGUGAAGUUUACCGGGGAGACUGAUGUUAGGUCAUUGAAUUUGAAUGAAAUUAUCAAGUUCAGUCGCCACGAGGUAGUUGUAUAUGAGGAUGAAAGCACGAAGCCUGAGGUUGGUCAGGGCCUCAACAAGGCAGCUGAAGUAACUUUGACGUUGCAAAUUAGAUCAUCAAUGGAUUACGGGGAGGAGCGAUAUAGAGAAGUAGCAAGGAAAUUGAGGCUCAGCACAGAGAGACAGGGAGCAUGCUUUAUUUCAUUUGAACCAUCAAACAGAGAAUGGAAAUUCUUGGUUCACCAUUUUAGCAGAUUUGGUUUGUCUGGGGACGAAGAAGAAGAUAUGAUAGUGGAUGAUGCAACUGCAGAAGGACAAGGUCUUGAGGAGAUGCGUGGUGGCGAGGUUUCUGAUAUUGAUGAAGAACCCGCUACGUCAGAUUCAACUCCUCUGUCACAUUCUCUUCCUUCUCAUCUUGGGCUUGAUCCUGUCAGGAUGAAAGAAAUGCGAAUGCUGAUGUUUCCUUCAGAGGAAGAGGAGGUUGAGGAUUUACAUGGGAGGUUUUCACAUCAGAAGGUGGCGUUCAGUAAGGACAACUUAAGGUCACCUUUACAGGAUUCUGCUUCAAAGAUGAUAUAUAGGUCUAGUCCCACGGUGGUGCGAAAAACCCCACUAGCUUUGCUCGAGUACAAACCUGGUAACUAUGAGUCCAGUUCUCCUGGAACCAUUUUAUUGGCCCAACAAAAGAAAGGCAUGCCUCUGAAGACAACAAAAAGAGAAGGUUUUAGACUGGACCUAGAGCACGAAACACCAGUUACUGGAAGCCAUUCUCGUAACAUUGUUGAUGCAGCAUUGUUCAUGGGGAGGUCGUUUCGGGUGGGUUGGGGUCCUAAUGGUAUGCUAGUUCACACUGGUGCGCCAGUAGGUAGCAGUGAUCCUCAGAGGGUAUUAUCAUCUGUUAUCAAUGUGGAAAAGGUUGCAAUUGACAAAGUGGUCAGAGAUGAAAAUAACAAAGUAGGAAAAGAACUUACUGAAUUUUGUUUUGAUUCUCCAUUGAAUCUUCACAAGGAGAUAAAUCACGAAUCAAAAGAAGUGAAAGUUGGCUCCUUCAAAAUAAAGCUUCUUAAACUUGUUUCUAACCGGUUGAUGCUUCCUGAGAUUUGCCGGAGCUAUAUAGGAAUUAUUGAAAAGCAGCUGGAAGUUCCUGGAUUAUCCUCGUCAGCCCGUGUAGUUUUGAUGCACCAAGUAAUGGUUUGGGAAUUAAUAAAGGUACUUUUUUCGGAUAGGGAAAUGAGUGGGCAGUUGAAUUUGGUGGGAGCUGAUAACGAGGAAGACAUGAUGAAUGAUAGGAAGGAAGAGUCUCCAGAAGUCGACUCCGAAGCACUUCCCUUAAUUCGUAGAGCAGAGUUCAGUUAUUGGUUGCAAGAGUGUGUUUGCCACCGUGUGCAAGAAGAAGUAAGCUCUUUGAAUGAGUCAAAUGACUUAGAACACAUAUUCUUACUUCUAACAGGGCGUCAGCUAGACCCGGCUGUGGAACUAGCCGCUUCUAGAGGCGAUGUGAGACUGGCUUGUCUGUUAAGCCAGGCUGGCGGGUCCACCGUAAAUCGUCACGACAUGGCUCGGCAGCUUGAGCUUUGGAGAAUCAAUGGUCUUGAUUUCAAUUUUAUUGAAAAGGACAGGAUAAGGCUUUAUGAGUUGCUUGCUGGUAAUAUUGAAGGGGCUUUGCAAGACAUACAAGUAGACUGGAAAAGGUUCCUGGGGUUGCUGAUGUGGCAUCAGCUCCAACCCGACACUUCAUUGCACAUUGUUUUUCACACUUAUCAGCAACUUCUUGAAGAUGGAAGAGCUCCAUAUCCAGUACCAGUUUACAUCGAUGAAGGACCUCUAGAAGAGGCUGCAAACAUUGAUACUGGUGAACACCUUGACCUCGCGUAUUAUCUCAUGCUGCUUCAUGCUAGUGAAAAGGGCAAAUUUGGUGCUCUGAAGACAAUGUUCAGUGCUUAUGCUUCAACCUACGAUCCGCUUGACUAUCAUAUGAUCUGGCAUCAGUGUGCAGUUUUAGAAGCAGUUGGCGCUUUCAGCUCUAAUGAUCUUCAUGUUCUUGACAUGGGACUUGUUUCCCAGCUUCUCUGUAUGGGGCAAUGUCACUGGGCUAUCUACGUGGUGCUUCAUAUGCAUCAUCGUGAUGAUUUUCCAUAUCUCCAUGCUAAUCUAAUUAGAGAAAUCUUGUUCCAAUACUGCGAAGCUUGGUGUACUCAGGAACUACAGUGCCAGUUUAUUGAGGAUUUGGGUGUUCCUGCAGCAUGGUUGCAUGAGGCUAUGGCAGUGUAUUUCCAUUACUAUGGUGAAAUUUCAAAGGCCCUUGAACACUUUCUUGCAUGUGAAAAUUGGCAAAAGGCGCACUCAAUUUUCGUAACUUCAGUUGCUCAUUCCUUGUUCUUGUCAGCCAAACACUCAGAGAUUUGGAGGCUUGCAACUUCCAUGGAGGACCACAAGUCAGAAAUUGAAGAUUGGGACUUGGGAGCUGGAAUAUAUAUUUCAUUCUACGUGUUGAGAAGUUCCUUACAAGAAGAUAAUGAUACCAUGAGUGAAAUGGAUACCCUUGAGAGCAAAAAUGAUGCUUGUAGAGACUUCUUUGGUCGGCUGAGUGAGUCUUUGGCCGUUUGGGGUAGCAGAUUUCCUGUUGAUGCAAGAGUGGCAUACUCGAAGAUGGCUGAGGAGAUCAGCAACUUGCUUUUAUCGGACAGUGGUGAGGGUUCGACUCGUGGGGUCCAGCUAAGCUGCUUCGAUAGCGUCUUUAGUGCACCCAUCCCUGAAGACCUUCGAUCGUGCCAUUUACAAGACGCAGUAUCGUUGUUUACGUGUUAUCUUUCUGAGGCUGCCUCAUAGUGUUUUUGUUUACUCCUCGUAAUUGUGGAAAACUUCUGUUUCGUGGUUUGUCUCAAAGCAAAAUCCCGAGUGUGGCUCAGAGUUGGACUUGUACAUUAACGCUCAGCGUUGUGUAUCGGUAUUUAUCCGUUCAUUUUUCAAGCUAAUUUUAUUUCUGAGUAUGGGUUCAUUUUC